AUGAGUGUUGAAACCAUUCAAUUCAGCGGAGGCGGGUAUGGAUAUUUGCUGGAACCUCUAUGGUGGAUCGGGAUGGUCACCAUGAUAAUAGGUGAAAUUGCGAAUUUUGUUGCAUACAUCUUUGCCCCAGCUGUCCUUGUUACACCACUGGGUGCGUUGAGCAUCAUUGUGAGUGCCGUUUUGGCCCAUUUCAUUUUGAAAGAGAGAUUGCAGAGGAUGGGUGUCUUGGGUUGCGUGCUCUGCAUUGUGGGUUCGACAGUCAUCGUGCUCCAUGCCCCAGAGGAAAAGACGCCGAGUUCUGUUGAGCAAAUUUGGGAUUUGGCAACCCAGCCUGCCUUUCUAUUGUAUACAGCAUCUGCAGUUGCAGUAUCCCUGGUGCUCAUGUUGCAUUGUGCUCCACGAGUCGGGCAAACAAACAUACUGGUUUACUUGGGUAUUUGCUCUGCCAUUGGAUCUCUGACGGUGAUGAGUAUUAAGGCCAUAGGAAUAGCAAUCAAGCUCACGUUAGAUGGCAUCAACCAAGCUGGUUACUUCCAGACAUGGGUAUUCGCUAUGCUGGCAAUCUCCUGCAUUGUAAUUCAAUUGAAUUACUUGAACAAGGUUGGUAACUGA